AUGGCUGCACUGCUACAGUGUCUUACUGGAUCCGAUGUAUUAAAAUGGAGAUCCUUUUAUGCAACCCAAGAUGAUGCAUGGAAAGCUCAUUACAGGGAGGUAUUUGAUAAUGGUAUUCGCGAGGCCUUGUGCUGUAUGGGACGAGUCAAAUACUUGAGUGUAUUGGAAGAAGAUGAGGUUUUCUCAGUAGCUCGACUAUUGGGUGACCUUGUUGCCUAUCGUGCAGCAGGCAAAGGACAUCUGGAACUUAUGGCAGGUCUCGCACUAUUGCGGAACCAGAGCCAGUCACCAAAGUCAUGUGAUGAGUGCAUGGAGAUACCUGAAGAAAAGAUCAGGGAGGCUGCAGAUCUUCAUAAGUAUGCAGAAGCUGCGUACACGGGUCCAUUACUUGAUUUUGGAAGAAAUCCUUUCUUAUUUCCUUGUGCAUGGCUUUAUAGGCAAGGGAUUUUGACCCCAUGGACUCGUAACAGGUUACCCAAACUUGAUGGUGAUAAUUGGUUGCGAGGUCAUGCAGCAGCGUUUCUAAAAUAUGUUAGGUUAUCCCCAGCUGUACUUAGACAAGGGCGUGUUAACCAGGGCAAGUGUAAAGCUGCAUACUUUGUUAUAGUGCUGAAUCAUCUAAGAUCCGUGGUGAUUGCUGUUCGGGGAACUGAGACCCCAGAAGAUCUAAUCACGGACAGCUUAUGUCGGGAAUGUCGUCUUUCGGCAGAAGACUUGGAUGGAUUGAUAAAUAGUAGUCAUCUUCAUAGCGAUGUAAAAGAGAGCCUGAUAGCUUACCCUCGCCAUGCACACUCUGGUAUAGUUGAGGCUGCAAGAGAUCUCUUCAUGGAAAUCGAAGGCUCUGACUCAAGUGGCAUCCUUUCUUCUUUGUUGCGAGUUGGAUGCGAGUGUGAGGGAUAUGGCAUUCGCUUGGUGGGGCAUUCCCUAGGAGGUGCGAUUGCUGCAUUGCUAGGACUCAGAUUAUGUCACCGAUACCCAAAUUUGCAUGUCUAUACAUAUGGCCCCCUUCCAUGUGUGGACUCGGUUGUAGCAAAUGCAUGUUCUGAAUUUAUUACAAGCAUUGUGUACAACAAUGAGUUUUCAGCACGCCUGUCAGUUGGAUCUAUCAUGCGGCUUCGAGGUGCUGCAAUUACAGCAAUGUCACAAGAUUCAGCAGCCGAUUCGGCUACAAUCUUAAGGCUCGCACGUCAUUUUCUUAAUAUAACCAAACAUCAGCAAGAUAGGACUGAGGUAAAGGAUCCAGCUUUAGAUGCCAAUUCUGAGGAAAUCACUACCGGAAAGCUUAGCCACGAAAUCUGUAGACCUCAGUUUGAUACAGAAGCAAGCGAGGAAGAGGAUCAGGGUUUCAUUGUGUGCCAGGAUGCUCACACAGGUGAAAGAGAUUACGGAACUGAUGAUGAUCAAUUUACUAACCCUUUCACCAGUAAUGCAAUUUCAAAUCGUGAUCCUGUGUCUGAGUUUAUGAGAAGUAUCCGCAGAUCUGAUAGCAUGUCACCCUCCGAUCCGCCUGAGUUGUAUCUGCCAGGACUUGUGAUUCAUAUAGUACCGCAGCGUAGUAACUUUGAUAUGCGUAUUUGGAAAAGAUGGGGAGUCCCAGAAAAGAUACAAUGUCACAAAGCUUAUAUUGCAGACAGAGAAAGCUUCAAAGAUAUGAUUGUGUCACCAUCAAUGUUUCUCGACCAUCUUCCUUGGAGAUGUCACAAUGCAAUGCUAAAUUUAUUGCAAGCUCGGAGCUCCCAAGUUCGAAAUACCCAGAUUCUUCCUAGUGAACCUCCAAUGGUGUGAUUUUUGUGCACUGUUAUUACAUAUGGGCGUCAAAUGUGAAAGC